CUUACUUGCAUGUUUUCUUCUCACAAAUCCAUCAGCUGCUUGAGAAGGGUCAUGAUUUAUUGUCUUCCUACCAGUCCUGAACACAGAACAUGGGCCAUCAUCACACACACAAGCCGAGUGUAAAAGUAUAUCAGUCACUUUUGGUCAUCUUUGAAUGGAAAUAAUUACAGCCUUAGUAAGUGCUAAUCUAUGUAAGAUACAAAUGAGAGACAGCAGUGCUUUUAUUUUUGGCACCAGAAAGAUGUCCUAGCCUUAUGGAACCAUAUAAUUCAACAGGAAACUUGGAAUUCAUUCUCCUUGGACUCUCAGAGGACCCUGAACUGCAGCUCAUCUUAUUUGCACUAUUCCUGCUCAUAUACCUGCUCACUGUGCUUGGAAAUGUGCUCAUCAUCUUAGCCAUCAGCUGUGAUUCCCACCUCCACAGCCCAAUGUACUUCUUCCUCUACAACCUUUCAUUGUCUGACAUGGGCUUCAGCAGCACCACCAUCCCCAAAAUGCUGAUAAACUUGCAUACCCAUUACAGAUCCAUAACUUAUGCUGAAUGCCUAACUCAGGUAUCUUUCUUUUUUCUUUUUGGAUGUAUGGACAGCUUUCUACUGGCAGUGAUGGCAUAUGACAGAUGGGUGGCCAUUUGUCACCCUCUACACUACCAAGUCAUUCUGAAUCCUCGUUUGUGUAGAUUUUUGGUUGUAAUGUCAUUUUGUAUCAGUCUCAUUGAUUCACAGGUACACUGGUUCAUGGUGUCACAACUAACAUUUUGUACUAACAUAAAAAUCCCUCAUUUCUUUUGUGAUGUUCCAGAACUUGUAAAACUUGCUUGUUCUAACACUACUAUCAAUGACAUAGUCAUGUUUCUUUUAAGCAUCAUUGUUGGUUUCCUCCCUGCCUCAGGAAUAUUUUACUCCUACUAUAAAAUUACUUCUUCUAUUUUAAGAGUUCCAUCACUGUUAGGGAAAUAUAAAGCCUUCUCUACCUGUGGAUCUCACCUGUCAGUUGUUUGCCUAUUUUAUGGAACAGGUAUAGGUGUGUACCUCAGUUCAACAGUUUCUAGUUCUUCCAGGGAAAGUAUGGUGUCUUCGGUAAUGUAUACAAUGGUGGUUUCCAUGAUGAACCCCUUCAUUUACAGCCUGAGGAACAGGAACAUCAAGAAAGCCCUCUGGAAAAUUGUCUGUCAGAUAACAUAA